UCCUUAAUUAGCUUUAGCUUCGGCAGUGACAGGGAUCUAACUGUUGCACAAACAGUUGUAAUCAUCGUUACUGUGUGUGGCUUCCUGGUGUCACAAUAAUAAAAAAAAGAUGUUGUUCAGUCCAACAGGUUUCACUGAAUGCUUACGCGAAUGGGAGGAUUUAGAGAAGGACUAUCAGCAGAUACAGGACACGCAUCGUCUCUAUAAACAGAAACUGGAGGAAGUGACCAAACUGCAGGACAGUUGCUCUGCUGCUAUUGCCCGUCAGAGGAAGCAGUUGAAAGAUCUCACAUCAUCACUGGAAGUAUGCAAAGAAAACCAUCCGUCGUCAAAGCUGAGCCAAGAGGAUCUGGAUGCCAUUGUUGAAAUUAAGGACUCCAUCAAAGACAAGACAAACGCUUUCUCUGAGAUGGAAGCUUUCCUGCCAAAGAAAAACGGGUUGUACCUCACACUUGUUCUUGGAAAUGUCAAUGUAACACUACUCAACAAACAAUCCAAAUUUGCCUACAAAGAUGAAUAUGAGAAGUUCAAACUCGUCCUCACAGUCAUCCUCUUUGUCUUCUCCUUUACGUGUCGCUUUUUGCUCAGCUACAGGGUCCUUGAUGCCCUAUUCAACUUCCUGCUGGUCUGGUACUACUGCACGCUCACCAUCCGCGAGAGUAUCCUCAUCAGCAACGGCUCAAAGAUCAAGGGCUGGUGGGUUUUUCAUCACUAUGUGUCAACGUUCCUGUCUGGAGUCAUGCUCACCUGGCCUGAAGGCAAACUUUACCAGAUGUUUAGGAACCAGUUCCUAACAUACUGUCUGUACCAAAUAGGCUUUGUUCAGUUUCUCCAGUACUACUACCAGAGUGGCUGUUUGUACAGACUCAGAGCGUUGGGAGAAAGACACAACAUGGACCUUACAGUUGAGGGUUUCCAGUCUUGGAUGUGGAGAGGCUUGACCUUCCUUCUGCCUUUCUUGUUCUUCGGUCAUUUCUGGCAGCUCUACAACAGCAUAACACUCUUCAGGAUGUUCCAGCUCCCAGAGUGCAAAGAGUGGCAGGUGUUGAUGUGCGGCUGCUCCUACAUGGCGCUCUUCCUGGGAAACUUCUUCACUACGCUCAGAGUGGUUUACCAAAAAUACAACCAGGACAAGUCCAAAUCCUUAUAACACUGGAGAAAUAGACAGGGCAGAAAUACCACAAUUGUCUGAGGAAUGCAAAGAUGGAAACGCAAUACCUCUAAUAAUGUCUCUAGAGCUAUUUAAUUCUGAUUACAGUCCUUUUGGACCAUUGCACUGUCCUUUUUAUUUCAAGUCGUUUUGUGUAAACGACAAUGUGUUGUAUGUUUAGGUUACAGAUAUUAUCAUCUUGGGCAAAUAAUCCAUCAUCAUCUGUGUUGGUUACAGUUGAAUUGUUUCUGAUAAAUAUUUCAUUAUUUGUUAUUGUCUUUCAUAUCAGCCUUACAGACAGUGCUCAAUAAAACACUCCUCUGAACCGACA